AUGGAAGGAGAUAAAGGCCCGGUAUGCGUUACAGGUGGUACCGGGUUUAUAGGAUCAUGGCUCAUCAUGAGGCUCCUUGAUCGUGGCUACUCCGUCCGAACCACCAUUAGAUCUGACUCUGGAGCAGAGCAAAAGAAAGACACUAGCUUUCUUACGAGUCUGCCAGGAGCAUCAGAGAGGCUCCAAAUCUUCAACGCAGAUCUCAGUGAUCCACAGAGUUUCAAUGCACCCAUUGAAGGAUGCACCGGCGUCUUCCAUGUUGCAACUCCGAUUGAUUUUGAAGACAGAGAGCCUGAAGAAAUAGUGACCAAAAGAGCAAUCGAUGGAGCGUUGGGUGUCUUACAAGCAUGCUUAAAUUCCAAGACUGUGAAGCGAGUUGUAUACACUUCCAGUGAAGCAGCUGUUUUAUUAAAUGGCGAUCAGGAGGUUGACGAAAUGGAUGAGAGCUUUUGGAGCGAUGUAGAUUUCCUUAGAGCUUCAAAGUCAUAUGGACAUUUAGGCUCCUACAUGAUUUCCAAGACAUUAACUGAAAGGGCAUCCCUUGAAUUUGCAGAAAAACAUGGAUUGGACGUCGUAACCUUAAUUCCUUCUUUCGUUGUCGGACCCUUCAUUUGUCCAAAGUUCCCAAGCUCUAUUCACACAGUGUUGGCUAUGGUCUUGGGUGACAAGGAUCAAUAUAGUCUUCUUCUCAAUACAUCAUUGGUUCAUGUAGAUGACGUGGCCAGAGCACAUAUUUUUCUCCUUGAAUGUCCUACUGCAAAAGGAAGGUAUAUUUGUUCAUCAGAUGUUGUCACAAUUGAACAGAUGUGUCAAUUUCUGGCUGCUAGGUACCCAGAAUUUCAAAUACCAACAUUAGAUUCUUUGAAGGAAAUUAGAGGGUAUAAAAUGCCGAGUCUCUCAACAAAGAAGCUGUUAGAUUCUGGUUUCAAAUACAAGUAUGGGAUCAAUGAAAUGUUCGAUGGAGCUAUUCAAUGCUGCAAAGAGAAGGGUUAUCUCUAGUUCAAUGCUGAAUCUGCCAUUGGUUUGAGAUGGUGUAUACAUUAUCAAAUACGAGAUCUAAAUUCCGGGCCAAUACGAAUAAGAGAAAUGUUGAUGAAGCUUAUUCCUGCUAGAUUUGCUUCUGGGAAGAUUGUGAAUAUGGUGUGCCUUUUCUUUGUGUUGUUGUUGCUGUCAAGGUGGGUUUUGUUACUGCAUUUUCUGGGUUUUCUAAUGUCUUGAGGUUGUAGCUAAUAAGAGAGAUACAUGGUAUCAUUUGAUGCCAAGCUGUAAAAGAUGCUUUUAAAUACAAGCUUUUGCUGCUGUCCUGUUGUAAACAAAUUAA